ACUAAAAGCACUGAAAUGAUGGUGGUUAAAAGUUUCGGUUUCGAGGAACAUAAGGUGUAGACCCCAAAUCAAAGUCGUGAUAGUUCAGCUUCCGCCCCACCUUCCUUUCCACUCAAUUUUUUCACUUUAUAUUCUUUCAAUCAUCAAUUUACUUAUUACUAAACAACACCAUAUUCCAAGCCUCUCCCUUUCAACAUCUUCAACACCCAUGUUAAUGCAGGUCAACUGUUCUAAUUGCCACGCGCCGCUGCAGCUUCCGCCGGCCGCAAACUCCAUAUGCUGCGUCCUCUGCCAAGCUAUCACCCUCAUAGCUGACCCUCGCUCCCUACCCCUACCUCUUCCCUCUUCCUCCCACCAACAACAACCUCUUCCAUCUCCUUACAACCACGCGCCGCCCGGUCCCCCACCGCAGGCUCAUGGCCGCAAGCGCGCUGUUAUUUGCGGCCUGUCUUACAAAAACACCCAGUAUGAACUUAAUGGUUGUAUUAACGAUGCCAACUGCAUGAAGUUCUUGUUGGUGAAUCGCUUCAUGUUUCCCGAGUCCUCCAUUAUUAUGCUUACGGAAGAAGAAACUGAUCCUUACAAGCGUCCAACGAAACGCAACAUAAGAAUGGCAUUGCGUUGGCUUGUCCACGGUUGUCAGCCUGGAGAUUCCUUAGUGUUCCAUUACUCUGGUCAUGGCUCGCAGCAAAAGGACGACAAUGGAGACGAGGUGGACGGAUACGACGAGACCCUUUGUCCAUUGGACUUCGAGUCUCAGGGAAUGAUCGUCGAUGAUGAAAUCAAUGCAACCAUCGUCAGGCCUCUACCUUGCGGUGUUAAGCUUCACGCAAUCAUUGACGCUUGCCAUAGUGGCACCGUAUUAGAUUUACCAUACCUCUGUAAAAUGGACAGGAAGGGGAGAUACGUCUGGGAGGAUCACCGUCCUCGGACUGGAAUGUGGAAAGGAACAACUGGUGGGGAAGUCAUUUCCUUCAGUGGCUGUGCCGAUGAUCAAACUUCCGCAGACACUUCGGCCUUAUCUAAGAUUACUUCCACCGGUGCAAUGACUUACUCCUUCAUCCAAGCUAUUGAAUAUGGGCGUGCGACGACUUACGGCAACAUGCUAAACGCAAUGCGUUCCAACAUUCGUCAUGUGGAUGAGGGCGGAUUCGUUACCUCUCUUCUCACAAUGCUCUUAACAGGCGGCAGCCUCGGUGGCAGAUCAAGACAGGAGCCACAGUUAACAGCCACCGAGCCAUUUGAUGUGUAUAAUAAACCUUUUUCCUUGUAAUUGGUAAACAUGUGUGUGGCAUGCUUUUCAUUCUUUUGACGAAGCCUAAGCCCGAGCUUUGUACAGUUUUUGAGGGACAAAAAGAAAAAGGAGAUAAAUUCAUCUUCUUUUUAUCAUGAACUUAUCAUAAAUAAUUUUAUUAUUUAGGUUUAUUAAGAUGCCCGAAUGUUGAUGCGACUGACACUGACAUGAAUGUGUUGGACACGGUUAUUGGACAUAAAUAUUUUAAAGAAAAUAAAGAGCACGGUUAAUUUUAAAUAA